AACGGGGCGCGGGGCAGAGGAGCGCGGUGGGGCGCGGCCGGGCCAGUGCACGUCGGGUCGCCAACGCGGCGCGAAGUAUCGCAAAUACUGUGAGUGUGUUGUGUGUUGCGAGAAUCCUUGCUGUGGCGUGUCGUCGACCUGCAGGCGGCCGAGCACACCGCUGCAGUUAUCUUUAGUGUUUCUGGCAAAUAAUGGACAUAAAGAUAAAGCAAUUUAAGUGAACGAUAACGCGUUGGCCGUAUGUCCACCACACAACACGGGGCACAACACACAACACGCGAGCAAACACAAUAGCCGGCAACGCCGCGCCGCACAGAUAAGUGAUUACAACCGAAAGCCACCGAGUGUCAGUGCCACGGGCAUGUGUGGCCAUCUUGCGUGAGGGCGCGAAGGAUGGCGCUGCGCGGAGGCGGGGGUGGUGGCGCAGCCGGGGGCGGGGGCGGGGCCAUGGGGGACACGCAACGUGCGCUCGAGCAGUUCGAGCAGCUGGCGGGGCUGCGCGCAUACGUGUUGGAGCACCUGGCCACGUUCACGGUGACGCGCGAGACCGGCAUCGUGUAUCCGGCGGACGGCAUGCGCCGGCUGCUGCAACUCGAGAAGACCAACGGUAUAUGGAGUCAGAAAAUGCAGCUGUGCCUGGAGGACCAGUGGGUGCUGGUCAUGGACUAUGAGACUGGGAGCAUAAUGGAGCGCUUCCCGGUGUCGCACGUGCACACGCCAACAGCGUUCACGUCGCCUGAGCCAGGCGAGCUGUACAACAACGUGCUGGCCUUCGUGGCGGGGGCGCCGGACGCACCGGACGCGCGCCGCGAGCUGCACAUCUUCCAGUGCCACGACGUGCCUGCGCACGCCCUCGUCGAGGAGCUUAACGCGCUCAAGGGCGUGGGCGGCACAGCGGGGGACUCCGGACGGGACUUCAUCAUCGAGCGGGAGCGAGAGAGGGAGAGAGAUAGCGAAAUGGAGCGCCCGCGGCGACAGCAAAUGGCGGCGCAGCUGGGGCGCGAGCGCGGCGAGCGCGCGGGCUCGGGCGGCGAGCGUGAUGACGCCUCGUCGACAGGUUCGGAGCGUCUGUACGAGCAGGACAUCGCAAUUCUCAAUCGGUGCUUCGACGACAUCGAGAAGUUCAUAGCGCGGCUACAGCACGCGGCAGCGGCGUCGCGCGAGCUGGAGCGGAGGCGACGUGGGGGUCGGGGCGCGCGGCGCGCGGGAGACGGCAUGCUGGCGCUGCGCACACGUCCGCCGCCCGAGCGGGACUUCGUCGACGUGCUGCAGAAGUUCAAGCUGUCGUUCAACUUGCUGGCGCGGCUGCGAGCUCACAUCCACGACCCCAACGCGCCGGAGCUGGUGCACUUCCUGUUCACGCCGCUGGCGCUAAUCGUGGACGCGGCGCAGGAUGCGGCCGACGGCCGACUGGCGGCGCGCGUCGUUCAGCCGCUGCUGACGCGCGACGCGCUCAACCUGCUCGCCAAUUGUGUCACCAGCAAGGAGACCGAGCUGUGGCACUCGCUGGGCGACGCCUGGCUCGUGCCGAGAGAACAAUGGAAGACCACGAUCCCGCCCUAUCAGCCGGUGUUCAUGGACGGCUGGACCCCGGACUACCAGGUGGACGACCAGCCGCUGCGCAGGGCGUCACCGCGGCGCGAAUCGGCGCGCGGGGAGCGCGGGGAGCUGCGGGAGGAGGCGCGGGGUGAGGCGCGGGGCGAGGGCGCGGCGCGGGGCGAAGGGGCAGAGGGGUACGGGUACGAGCGCGACGAGCCCGACCUCUACUCCGAGCAAUACGGCUCCUACCCGAGGAACACGCGGUCGCGUGUGCGCGAGGACUCCGGCUCGGCGGCGUCCUCGCCCGACCGCGGAGCUCCCGAGCGCAGCAUGCCCUAUCGCGGCCCGGACAGGGAGGAUGACGACCUGGGUGAAGCGUGGGCGCGCGGCGUGGCGGCGCGCGGCGGCCGCGUUGUGCGCGUCACCUACCCUCGUACCGCCAACAACGACAAGGAGCUGUCGGUGGUGCGCGGCGAGUACCUAGAGGUGCUGGACGACUCGCGCAAGUGGUGGCGCGCGCGCAACCGGCGCGGCGUGGCGGCGCACGUGCCGCACACCAUCGUGGCGCCCGCCUUCUCCCCGCCCGGCUCCCCGCAGCCCGCGCGCAGCCCCCCGCACCUCUACCCCAACCCCAUAUACACCAUGUAUCAGGAGAGCGGCGGGCGCGGGUCCGGCGGAAGCAGCCCGACCGGCGCGCCGGGUAGGGCAGCGGGAGUCGGGCCGGGCGGGCCGGGCGGGCAGGGCGCCGACUGGGUGCGCCGCGAGCGCCUCGGCAAGAAGGGCGAGUUCCGAUACUUCUAGCGCGUGCCGAGAACCCACUGUCCCUCCCUCACACUCAGACCACCUCGUCCUCGUCGAAAAUAAUGAUAAUUCCUUUUGACAUGAACAUAAUACAUAAUUAAAUAAAAUAUGGAGUCAAACUUCUUAUCUUGCUUCUUGAUUGACAUCCAUCACAUCAUAAACGUCGAGUGGAUGAGCGUCAAGGAAGCUUAAGGAUUUCAGUUAAAUAUCACUACCUAUACUUAACAAUAACCUAAAUUACAAAGCCCCACUUCCCUGUAACCACCUCCCCUCCCCCCGGGCGGUGCACUGGACCGUCCUGGCUGAUGCUUAGUCAUACAACAUAGAGAUAAAUGUACUUAACAUAAUAUGAUAAUAAGAAGUAUCGGGACUCGCGCUGUCUGUGUGUGUGUGUGUGUGUGUGUGUGCGUGCGUGCAGUGAUGUUGCGUGUCUCCGCCGAGGCGGCGCUAGUGUCGCUGUGUCGCGAUGCGGGACUCGUGCGCUUGUCAUCAGGGACUCCCUUUCAUGAGAGAACUAGAUCUGAGCGUCUUUCACAAAUAUUUGCGAUAUGCAUCUUCGUAAAGUCAUCAACAAAAAGAGAUUUCUCGUUUUAAUACAAAUGACGAUAACUUUACGGAUACUUUCUCGCAAGGCGAGGCAUUUAGACAUCAUUUUCACUCAUUUCUAACCACAAAGGUUCAAUACAUGUAUAUUGUGUCGUGUUUUGUAAAGGCACGCGCUCGCUGUAGGCAAACUGCUACGACAUACAAAUAAUACACAUAAUGAUGUUACUUAGUCACUUACAAAGAUAUAAGUAUGUAUGUAUGUAUAGAUGAUGUAAUAUUGUUUUGUUGUGCGUAUCACGUUUGUGCUAAAUGUUAUGUUGAACUUAUUCUUCUCUGUAAAUUGUCAAAUGUAUUUGUUUUAUCUCCGCAGAGUUUAUAAGAAAAUAUUUAGUGCUAUUUAAAUUAUUAUAAUAUUAAACCGUACUCGUUGUAAAGCGAUCUAGAUAUAAAAGAAAAUGUUAAUAUAUUAUAGUGAUUGUGGGCGAUGCGGUGCGGCCUGUGUGUGUGCCGGCCUCGCUCACCGGCACACACACAGCCCGCACCGCUCGCCACUUCUGUCUUUGUGUAUUUUACAUUUUUUUACAUUAAAUCCUUCAUAACA